CUUGCUCGAAUCUGAAGGGACCCAGAGCUCUAGUUUUGGGAAAUGGAAGAACAUCUCUUUCGAGAACACUUUUAAAUUAUGCUGUGAGGCAAGGACACGCCCCAAUGUGGGUUGAUCUCGAUCUCAUGAACGGUUCACUGGUUUUCCCAGGUGUACUUGCAGCCACGGUUCUGGAUAAUUCUGUAAUUUCUCCCUCAGAAGAGAUAAAGACAACAAUGGAUAUUUUAACAUUUUUUUAUUCGCUGUCAGGUCCAUCUGCUUCUGGAGAUCCAAAGGCUUUGUAUGGUUCGGCAUCAGAAAACUCUAGAUAUCUUAAGAUAAUACUAGAACGUCUUGGAUCAAAUGUAUGUGAACGUAUGGAUGGGGAUUCUAGAGUUAAUAUUUCUGGCUUAAUUGCCUCUGGGUUUCCUUGGCUCUCUUCAACGAACGCAAUUUGCACAGAUUUUCUCAACACCGUUAUUUCGGCAUUUAAAUUCAACAUCCUGAUCGUAGUUGGGAAUGAGAAAUUAUUUUCUGAAAUGGACAAAAAAUUUUUGGAUUCUGAUGUCAAAGUGGUUAAAAUUCGAAGCUCAAGUGGCCUCGUGGCGAAGGAUCCCUCUUUUCGGAAGGCACUUUUAAACCAGCGGAUUUCCAGGUACUUUAAUGGCGGAGGAAUGGUCUCUCUUCCUCUGGAAACGAGUCCUUUUCUCUCUUUUCCAGUGAUCGUCCCUUUUAAGGAUCUACACAUUAGACGAAUUGGUGAAGUUGCUCCACAAGCGCCCACUUCUGCUCUUCCGAUAGGAAGCACCUCUAGAAAGCAAGAGGAGUUUCGAAUAACGCGAAUAGAGCUUCUUCAUUCAGCUAGUAUUGCCAUGGGGGCUAAUGGUAUGUUGACGUCAUCCACUGCAAAAGAGA